AUGUCUAUCCAAUUCAGCGACAACAAAGUCUCCAACGAUGCUGCGAAAGCGAUCGCUAGAAAGCGACUCCGCCAGCUUGGUGUCGCCGUAGCAAACAGUCAACGUAGACACCAUAUGGCUCUCCUGCAGUAUAAGGUGUUCCGAGCAGCAAUGGCCAAGGCCGAGCAGAGCGAGAACUAUGAAGACCUUCUCAAAUAUCUAUCCAUGACCGACCCAGCUCGUGGAGCCAAGGCCGCAGCUUGGAUGAUGAGCAAGCUGCGGAAGUCGACUGUCGAAGGCGACUCAUCCCAGUCUGAACAGGAUUCGCAUGUCAACGACGCCUAUGUUGAACUGAACACUCCAAGCGAGGCUGUUGCGCUCAAUGAAAUUAUUACUCCCAAAGACGCAAUUGUAGCCAUUGAAACACCAAAGCCGAAGAAGCGUGGUCGGCCUUCGAAGGCGGACCUCGCUUUGAGGCUUGAGCAGCAGGUCGUAGCUAAGACAGCCUCGCCUGCUAUCUCUGGAGUCUAUAACAUGACUACGCCGCCUAGAAAGCGUGGUCGCCCUUCGAAGGUCCAUAAGAUCGGAGGAAGCCAGUCUCAAUCCCCAACCAAGCGACGUGGUCGCCCGUGGAAGGCUAUCUUGUUGCAACGUAGCCAACGCUCGCAGUCGGAGGAUAUCGCUGGGCUAGGCCUGUGUGAUGCCAUAGCGAGAGAGUGA